AUGUGCAACGUUGCCAGCACCGAAGUCUACAUUCCGUUAUCCCGGAGUCUGCAUUCCAGUGUCUCAAACUCUGUAUCCCGGUGCAUUGGCAAGCACAUCGACGUCACUCUCACCGGCAUCAUCGCAAGCAUCAACCAAUCAGUCUCCACCAGCUACUCAUUCUGCAUCGCCAGCACCAACAUACCAGUUAUUGACACCACUCCUACCGACAUCAUCGUGUCAUCCACCGCCAGCUACUCCUGUUGCAGCUGCUUCUUCUUCGAAAGCUUUCAAAGCCCAUCGCCUUCGCAAACUGCGUCACCACCACAGUCACCACUACAACCGAUGAAUGAUUCAACAGACGAUUCCGAUACAGACGAUGGAAGCAAGGAUGAAAAAUAUGCCAAACUUUUGGCCAAACAUCAGAAGCAAGCGGAAAUGUUGAAAGCAUCACGAAAGAAAAAUGUAAAUUACAAGUUACAGCUGGCCGAAAUGAAGGAUCUUGUGGUACAUGCGGUGGCUGAGGCUAAAAAGGCGAGAAUGGGUGAAAAUGAGAACACUACAUUUCAACCUGAUCCGGAUAUUAAUAUGCCCGUGACACAAAUCGAGAACAUUAACGGAAUUUCGAAAUCUGUUGCCUCAUUUGCACAGAAUCUGGCCUCUCAUUUGUAUGGAGCUCAAAACCUUCAAGAGAGAUCAGUGGAGGGUCGUUCAUCAAAUCGAAUGAAAAAUGUUCCAAAUGACAACCCUAUUCGUCCCGGCAUUUCACCAAAAAAGUUGGAGUUCAUCUACGCUAAAGCACGAGAACGGGUGGCCCUGGAAGUUGGAUUAAAUAAUUUAGGGCAAAUCAAAACUUUGUCCCAUGAAAGCGUUGUGAACAAAGCAAUUGCAGAAAAAAUUGCUAAUUUAAGAAAGGCUGCCAAAAAUUCCGAAAGGCGCAUCAAUAAAAGUGUCGCUUGAUUUGAAAUCUAGGUUGAUUUUACCUUUGCAGAGAUGCUGUUAUUUUUAUUUUAUUAAUGGACGAUUUUUGUUAUACCUUACCUACAGCUUUGGUUGGAACAAAUAAGUUGUAUUAAGUUUAAUUACACCUGUUAUAAAAUUUGAGAUCAAAACAUCAGAACAAAUAAAAUUAGUAUCGCAAACAGUA